ACACGCUUCAGGGGAGGAGGGCCUGGGGCUCCAAAGGGCUGGGGAGAAGGCUGUGUCCUCCCUCUGCGUCCAGGUCACUGAGACAAGGUGACGUGGGAAAAGGUGGCAUGAGUGUGGCUGUCUGGGGACCACAGGGGUUUCCACUCCAGGAAAGGGAUCACGAUGCCCGGGGAGCGGGGCACCAUCCCUGCAGAGUCUCUGAGACCGGAGAUCCGAGACUGGAGCCAGGUGGGGAAGGCCACCACGGCCCUUCCUGGCCCCUUACCUGCUUCUCGAGACACCUGCUGGCAAACACCGAGCCUGCCAGAGAGCCUGCCAGGGCGGGCCGGCUGCCCAUCAGGUUUUUCCAGUUCAGGCAAGAACAUCUCCCCACACCCCAUUGAGGCGCCCACACGCCCUGGCCUGGAGAUGAAAGGGGACCCUGUCCUGUGAAGGCAGCUGGUGCCUGGCAGGGGCACGGGGCUCUGCAUUUGGGAACAGCCUUUGGAGGCGGACAUGGUUCCUGGUCCCCAGUUUCCAGGGUGACCGAGGACCGGGUGGUCAAUCCCUCCUUCGAGAACUGGCAUCAAGGAGCGUGGCUCCUCCAGGAACUGGCUUUGUGGCCCCAGGCAAGUUACCCAGUGCUAAUAAUAGGAGCCACCAGGCCUGGUGCGGGUUCUGCUGCCAGCACUUUGCAUAUUUCACUGGGAAGGCAGGUGCUCAGUACCACCCCUGUGUAGCCGGGAGAGAGUCACAGCCCUGGGAAGUCGCAGACCUGGGAUCUGAACGCACGUCUUCAGGUCCCAGUGUGAGCUCCAAACCACUGCUUCUCAAUCUUUUCUCUUAAUUGUUAUGAUUUCUAAUCCUCGCAGACUGGUGACUUAUCAACCCUUCCUGGCUAUCAUGGCAAUGUCAAAUUGCUAUGGAAGUUUCAAAAUGCUACUGUCAUUGCUUGGAAGCUGUCACCAGGAGCACAGCUCUGAAGGCGUUCUUAACCUUUCUGUGCCUCAGUUUCCUUAUCCGUAGGACGAGGGUGAUGGUCAGUAUUAAAUUAGAUAAUGCACUUCGAGUUGGCACAGGCUGGCACUGUAACUCUUAGGACCACCAGCCAGUCCGCUGACAUCUGGAUUUUGCCAUCUGUCGAAUGAGAACAAGAGUGUUGCCCACACAGAUGCUGCCCGUAUGGAUACCUGCUCAGAACCCGGCAGGGAGGACCCCAUGGCAUCAUGCCUGGGAAGCGCUUUGUAAACUGUAGAGGGCUGUGCCGGGGUGAGUGGAUGUGCUCCUUCCCAUGCCCAGCCUGUCUUUCUGAGUUCCAGGAGAACUUGUGUUUCAUCCUGCGCUGUGGCACCCAGCAGGGACUCCGCCCUGAGUGCUCCUGGCCCAGGACACUGCCCAGCCAGUCCUUGCCUCUCAGCAAGUGCCGAGCAGCCGUAGUGACGUUCCCUUCUGCUCCCACAGCGAUGCCCUCCUAGCCAGCCGCCGAGGGAUGGAGGGCUUCAUGGACUCAGGGACACAGACGGAUGCCGUGGUGGUGCUGUCCUUGGCUCAGGCUGCCGUGCUGGGCCUGGUCUCGGAAAAUGAGCUCUUCGGAGCCACCAUAAGCGCCGAAGCCUUCUACCCGGACCUGGGGCCUGAGCUGUCCGGGGCGGCUGUCGGGGAGCCCAGGACCCCGGGCCCCGACGUCUACCAGCUGGCCUGCAACGGGCGCGCCCUGGAGGAGCCGGCGGAGGAGGAGGUGCUGGAGGUGGAGGCGGCCUUCGAGAAGCACACCCGGCGGAAGACGCGGCCGCCCGUGCGCCUGGUGCCCAAGGUCAAGUUCGAGAAGGUGGAGGAGGAGGAGGAGCAGGAGGUGUACGAGGUGUCCGUGCCCGGCGAUGACAAGGAUGCGGGCCCCGCGGAGGCUCCCGCGCAGGCGGCCGGGGGCGGCUGCGAGGCCCUGGUGCAGAGCAGCGCGGUCAAGAUGAUCGACCUGAGCGCCUUCAGCCGCAAGCCCCGGCCGCCGCGGCCUCCCGCCCGAGCACCCCGGCCCGAACUAGCCGCCGCCGCCUACGAGCCCCACUUCCCCGAGCCGGCGCGCCACGGCUUCCCCGAGCCCGGCGUGGCGCUGCCCGGGCCCGAGGCCUUGCCGUCAGAUUGCGGCUUCGAGCCGGCGCCCCUGGCCCCGCUGAGCGACCCCGAGGCUCCCGCCAUGGAGUCCCCGGAGCCCGUGAAGCCGGAGCAGGGCUUCGUGUGGCAGGAACCGGCCGAGUUCGAGGCGGACGCGGCAGGCUCGACGGCCGAGCGCCACAAGAAGGCCCAGCUGGACCGGCUGGACAUCAACGUGCAGAUCGACGACUCCUACCUGGUGGAGGCGGGCGACCGCCAGAAGCGCUGGCAGUGCCGCAUGUGCGAGAAGUCCUACACGUCCAAGUACAACCUAGUGACGCACAUCCUGGGCCACAACGGCAUCAAGCCGCACUCGUGCCCGCACUGCAGCAAGCUCUUCAAGCAGCCCAGCCACCUGCAGACGCACCUGCUCACGCACCAGGGCACGCGGCCCCACAAGUGCCAGGUGUGCCAGAAGGCCUUCACGCAGACCAGCCACCUCAAGCGCCACAUGCUGCUGCACUCGGAGGUCAAGCCCUACAGCUGCCACUUCUGCGGCCGUGGCUUUGCCUACCCCAGCGAGCUGAAGGCCCACGAGGUGAAGCACGAGAGCGGCCGCUGCCACGUCUGCGUCGAGUGUGGCCUGGACUUCUCCACCCUGACCCAGCUCAAGCGCCACCUGGCCUCCCACCAGGGCCCCACCCUCUACCAGUGCCUCGAGUGCGACAAGUCCUUCCACUACCGCAGUCAGCUGCAGAACCACAUGCUCAAGCACCAGAACGUGCGGCCCUUCGUGUGCACGGAGUGCGGCAUGGAGUUCAGCCAGAUCCACCACCUCAAGCAGCACUCACUCACCCACAAGGGCGUGAAGGAGUUCAAGUGCGAGGUGUGCGGCCGGGAGUUCACCCUGCAGGCCAACAUGAAGCGGCACAUGCUGAUCCACACCAGCGUCCGGCCAUACCAGUGCCACAUCUGCUUCAAGACCUUCGUGCAGAAGCAAACCCUCAAGACCCACAUGAUUGUCCACUCGCCCGUGAAGCCAUUCAAAUGCAAGGUGUGCGGGAAGUCCUUCAACCGCAUGUACAACCUGCUGGGCCACAUGCACCUGCACGCGGGCAGCAAGCCCUUCAAGUGCCCCUACUGCUCCAGCAAGUUUAACCUCAAGGGCAACCUGAGCCGGCACAUGAAGGUCAAGCACGGCGUCAUGGACAUCGGCCUGGACAGCCAAGACCCCAUGAUGGAGCUGACGGGCACCGACCCAUCGGAGCUCGACAGCCAGCAGGAAAUGGAGGACUUCGAGGAGAACGCCUACGCCUACGCGGGCGUGGACGGCGGCGCCGAGGCCAGCGUCCUCACCGAACAGGCCAUGAAGGAGAUGGCCUACUACAACGUGCUAUAGCACAAGCUGGGCUGCCCGAAGCCGGCGAGGCGCGCCGGGGCGUGGGGGUGAGACCACGUGCUGCGGGCUGCCCCGCCCGCGGCGAGAAACAAGCUACUGCCCCACUGCCCUGAGCCCUGCCCGCCUGCCCAGCCGUUUGCACCACUAGGGACAUCUAGACCAAAUGGAGACUGUACUACUGGCCUCAGCUGUGAACCGGGCCUGGGCCCCAGGCGCUCCAGGGAAGGAAGAAUGACACAGGAGGCCCGGUCUGGGUCUCCGUGGCCUGCUGCUGUGGGCGGAUGGGAGAGAUGCUGAUGGGGGCCACUUGGGGACAAGUGACAAGGGCACAGGUUCUCAGGUCUCUCCGGGCCCAGCAGAGCUGGGGCAGCCAGUGUGGGCAGGGCCUUCCUGCCGGCUCCUCAGGGUCCCGACGCUGGGGCAAGAGAUCGUUGAGCCAUGCCUUGUUCCUCCUCUGCACCGAUGCCUGCCUCUCAGGAUGUCUGAGCCCCUGUGCUGGUCAGCACUGCCCCGCACCCCCGCCGGCCCCUGGGCUCCGAAAAGCCCCGGCCCCAGAGCCCCCGCCCCCGUCCUCAGCCAGCCAGGUGGCGCCCUCUGCCUUCUACCUCCUGGUGCCUCCCGCGCCCUCCUCGAGCCAGGCGUGCAUGCACCCCAGUCCUGGCCUUAGGAGAGCGGGGUACAGCCCAGCCCCCAGCUAACACCCUCUCCAGUCAACUCCCAGAAGGCCCCCGUCUUACAGCCCUGUUUGGAAGUAGGUGUCCCUAACGUGGAUUUCAACAAAUGUCAUCCAGUUCUGUCUUGAACUGGGGCACCACACCAGGGUCCCCCAAAGUGAACAAAGCCGGGAUGCGCCUUGCAUCAGGCACGCGCUAAUAACACAGACAGACAGAGGACCCUGAGUGAGGGGCCGGGCACAGUGAAGGGAUCAUGAGGGGCUGUCCUCAGAGGAGGCCGAAGACCACCUGUAUGCGGGGAGGGGGGCUGGAGUAUUUUCUUAAAACAAGUAUCCAUUUUGAGGACGGGACAGCCAAGAGUCAGCAGGCUCCCCGGGAAGAGCAACAUAUAUAAAAAGGAAAAUGAAAACCAUAGAGAAAACAAUUUUUUUGAGCAAUGGGGGUAUUUUGAAGGUAAUUUAUUUUUUCUCCCUUCCAAUUCUGUGUCACCUAUUAUCUUUUCUGACGGAGAUCAUUUUCUUUUCCCCAGCGGAAGCUUGCUUGUGUGCUGUGCGUGCUUUGUGCCUCCCCCACCCAGAGCGGCCUGGCCAGGCAGGACGCGGGCCUGGAGGGGCAGCUGCUAGCAGGAAGCCUCAGGCGGCCAGGGCGGGAGGCCAGAGAGGCAGGGCUGAGCGGGCCCUCCCCCUACCCUGCCCAGCCCCUCUUGCUGAUGACCCUCUGCAUCACCCCUGCAGUGGCCAGGGCCGCUCCAUCCUGCUCAGCCAGCGGCUCGCUCCCUCGCUUGCCCACUCAUUGCCUCUGUCCCCACACCAGCUUCUGUCCCUGGAACCCCAGACAGGCCCAAGGCAGUGAAAUAGCACAUUCAGGAAUGCCAGGGCACCCAGACUCCUGCCCGCUCACCUCCUGAGGCCUCAGAGGGGAGGGGCAGGCAGGGCCGUCCCCAAAGGCACAGAAGGAGGUGAAGCCACCAGCUUCAACCCAGAAACCAGGCAGCAGGGGCGGAACAGCCAGGGGUGGGAUAACCAGUUUGAAAUACAGCUACCCCCCCAGGCUGUGUCCUUAGUGAAGGACCAAGCUAGGCCUCAGGGUGGCCGGGAUCAGGUCUGAGGGGGAGCACAAGGGGCCUCUUCCUUCUCUGCUGGAGUUGGUGUGAAGCAGCAAACAAGAGGGCUGGGGGCUCACGGGAGCCUCUUCCCAAGUGUGGCUCUCCAGACCCCGAGGCCCCCCGGCCUCCCAGGUGCCCGCCAUGAUGACCCUCAGGUGGCAGUGACGCCGUCACUGUAGAAGACAUUUUCUCCUGCUGAGCAGAAGCAUCGUCCCCUGCAAACUACCUCUUCCCACAACGUCUUUGUCCCCUGGUACCAAAAAGAACCCUGUACCUCCACCCCUUCCUCCUCCUCUUUCCUGCCAGCCCAGUGGCCUUGGUCUUGGCAACCCACGGGAGAAGGUCUGGCCCCCAGGGUGGGGCUUUCCUCCCCCCCCCCACACCCCGCCCCGCCAGCAGCGCGGCCCUCUGCGAGGUUCCAUACUUGAACGCCCCCCUGCCCUGUGCCUUGGACCUGGGCAAAACUUCGAGAAGGAAGCAGCACAACUCACGACUUGAGCCGGGGGGUGGUCUCGGCAAGGCUCCCGUCCUCACUCCUGCCCGACCUUUUCGAGAGAGGCGCACGCGGCCUCUUGGGUGACUUGGAAACUCCUGGACGAAUUCCAUUCUAACUUAUUUUGACAUGUAUACAAACCAACUGUUUAGAAAUUCCACUUGUGCAAAGCCCUACUGUGUUUUUACGUUCCUGUUUAAAAAGAGAAGUUUACUUAGCAAUAAUUAUAAAUAAAUGGAUAUUCUUUAGUGAGGUGA